AUGAACACAUGUGAACACCAACCGCUCUCUCCAAAGCCUUCCAAAACCUAUUAUAUAUACACACCUCUCAAACCCUCUCCCUUUAACUAUAAGCUUUUGCUUUCUUCCUUUAUCUAUUAUCAACCUUCAGGAGAACUCUCUUCUUACGGUUUUUAUCGUGAUCAAGUAGAGAUGGGCGGUCCAGGAUCAUCGCCAUGUGCUUCAUGUAAGCUUCGACGACGCUGUGCAAAAGAUUGCAUCUUUGCACCUUAUUUUCCUCCUGAUGAUCCUCACAAAUUCGCCAUUGUUCAUAAGGUCUUCGGCGCAAGCAACGUUAGCAAAAUGUUGCAGGAGCUACCGGUUCAUCAAAGAGCUGACGCGGUGAAUAGUCUGGUUUUUGAAGCAAACGCACGAGUUAGAGAUCCGGUAUAUGGCUGCGUAGGAGCAAUCUCCUACUUACAGAACCAAGUCUCACAGCUUCAAAUGCAACUAGCAGUGGCUCAAGCCGAAAUUCUCUGCAUCCAAAUGCAACACGAGCCAACCUUACAGUCUCACCAUCAAGUAAUUGAACUAGACCAAGACCACAAAGCUCUCUUGCUACACAACAAUAACAACAACACCAUCAGUAACUGCAACAACAGCAACAAUAACAACAACUUGGGUUAUGCCAUGUCUUCUGGGCAGUUCAACUCUAACUUUGCCUCUCCAAGCAGUAUAAUGCAAAUGCAGAUGCAAAUGCAAAUGCAAGACCCUCUUAAGCAAGAAUCUCUUUGGACUUGACUUAUGCCACAUUGUUAUAAAUUAAUCCUCGUUGUUUGAAAAAACUCAGUGAAGUCUCAAAAAGUUUGUUUCUUGGCUAUGUUUAAAAAGAGAAGAUGGGAACAAGUUUCGUGUAAGGAACGUAGU